ACUGAAAUCGCAGUUUGGUAAAUAAAUCCUUCUCAUUCCCGAGGGUGUCUCACUUCCCAUACACGUUAAACGCCAUAUAAAUGUUCCCGAGGCUGUUUAAGCUCCUCAUUCAGUCGACUUUUACCUUCUAAAUGUGUUUCCGAUGGCUGAAGAGGCUUUACCACUGUCUGAGGCGCAAAUUCUCCCGGCGGAACCGGGGCUACAGCCGGGACAUCUCCCUGAGCCACAGCGGCUUCUGCUCGGGCGCCUUCACCAACCGCCACGGCCGCGCCUCCUUCUCGUGUGGCGGGGACAGUUCUGUCACCUACAGCCGGAGACCCUCGGCCUGCCCGCCCCUGCCAGCGCCAGCCCCCUACAGCAUCUCAGGGAGGUUCUCGUGUGACGCCGACGGGUCCCUGGUGGUCAGCAGUGGGGACGGUGGGGUCACGUCUGGCUGGGACCCCCUAGUGGGGACAGUCCCGGUUUAUGGCUCCGGAGUGGGGAUGGGCUACGGCGGCGAGGGUGUGGGGUCGGUCAUCGGCAGCGCAGGGGGAGGUGGAGGAUCCGUCCACCACGGAGGGGAUUUGGGAGUGGCGGAGGGAGCAGGAGCUGGGUAUGGAUACUCCGCACCCCUGAGUGACACCCUAAGCACGGGGGGGGUCUCUGAGGGCUCAGGGUACUACGGAGGAGGGUAUGGAUAUGGGACAUAUGGAACUGGGAUGCUCCCUGGGCCAGAGCUCAGCCCUGCGGGCGGGGGAUGCGCCCAGGUGGUGCAGCAGAAAUGCCCCGUGGUCGUCCCCACCAUCAAGAGCCAGCAGUGCAAGCAGAGCACCCACUGGCCCCCCAUCCAGAAGAAGUGAGUGGCCCAGCAGCCUCUCCCACGUCCCAAAAGUGACCCUGGAUGUGCCACAGUGGAAUUUUCCCACCCCCGAAGGUGUCAUUAUAUCACAGAGCUCCACAUUCCUCUCGCUGACAACAGUCCCCCAGGAGCUGCUGGAAAAAGGGGUUUGUGCUGUGCUGAUGGGAAAAGGUUCUUUUCUCCAUCUCCUCUGGGUCACGGGUUGGAAAAUAAAACUUCACAGUCUGUGGGUAAUUUCAA